AUGUUGGUAGUUUGGGAGACACACAAACACACACUAUCACUAGUAAUAAUCACGCUCGAGACCAAAUCCGAAAAAGUGACCGUCCCAAUUUCGAGGGCUCAGCAUCGCACAACGAGGUGUUGCAGCGUUUGGUCCAGCAGCUUCUUGGGCGGGCUAGGGGAGCCAGAGAAGGGCGGAGAGCUGCAGGAAGGAGAGGAGUACAUCGAUCCAAAGGAUGCUGCCUUCCAGAGGCAACAAGAAAUCAUCGCUGCCCGAAAGAGGAAGCUGCAGCCUAAUUACAAGGAGACGGCCCGGGAGAAGAAGGUGCGGCUCCGGAAGUUGGCGAUGUGGAACGCCGUGCAGCGGAAGGGGAUGACUGACGUGGUGGGCCGCUCCGAAGCCACCGUCGACAUCAAGGUUAAUCUGAUGAAGCCCUUGGGCAUUGAGUUUGAAAAGUUCGACACCGAGCCAAACAGAGCUUGGGUGAGCGCCAUUCUCGAGGAGGGCUCAGCCUACCGGAACGAUGAAGUUGAGCGAGGAGACUACUUGUUCUCCGUGAAUGGCAAGGAGGUCGACGGGAUGCCUUAUGAGGAGGCGAUCCAAGUCCUGAUCGACGCCGAAGGUUCAAUGGAGCUGGUUUUCAAGCGCAUCUACACCGUGGGUUGA